AUUUGCUUUUGUAUGUAUGUGUAUGUAUAGCAAGAGAAUAAAAAAAAAAAUGGUCAGGCGCCCACGGCCAGAGCAAUUUGCGCGUUGAAGCAUUGUAUUGAUAUUCAUACAUACAUAUGUACAUACGUAUGUACGUACAUACAUAUUUACCCGCUUAUUUAUGUAAAUAAAUCUGUCAAAUCUGUGGUGGGAUUAAACAAUUUUGGCAGUGUCUUUUUCGCUACAAAUAACGUGUCAUGAUUUAGACUGUAUUUCUUCUUUGAGAGAAAAUAAACUGCACGCAGUUUGGCAUUAAAAUUUAGUAAAAUUUUCCUUUCUAGCCAUUCUGAUUUUCUUGUUAUCGAUUUUCUUGAUCGUUGCUAGCACAUGCAAUAAUAUGUUCAUAUUUUUAGUAUUUGCGCGCAGUUAUAUUGAAAACAAAUAAUAACAAACAAAUAAGCAUAAAAAAGGCGAAAAUAAAUACGACUCAUUGGGAACACCUUCAGCAAUAGCAGCAGCAGCAAGACAAUAUGUCGACAACUUCGUCCGUUGAAACGCCUACAUCCCCCAGCGCUCCAUUGGCACCCCAUCAGUCACGUCAGCAUCAACAACAACAUCAACCUCAACAACAUCAAUAUCAUCCGCAUCAGCAUACGACCACAGCUAUUGUUGUCAACGCUGGCGCCGGCGCUAGCCAUCAUCACACCAAUUCGGGCAACACUCAAUUUACUCAAUUUAGCCGUCAUCGCACCCAUUCAUCUUCGUCCUCGUCGAAUAAUUCCUUUACUGGCGUCACUGGUGUUACCUCGAUGAAGUCAGGCACAGCUGGAGCUAACACUAAUAACGGUAACGGCAAUGGCACUAGUAAUGGUAAUAGCAACGACGGCAACUGCAGUGGUAGCGGCAGUGGAACUGGAUAUGGCUAUGGCAGUGGCAGUGGCAACAAUCACAAUCAAUCGACUCACUCACUACUAACCCCAUCAUCAUCGACAUCCUCAUCGCCUUCAGUGGUGUCGGCCUCGGCCUCCACUUCGGCUGCUGUACAUCAUUCGCAUCAACAAUAUUCACAUCCGUACCAGCAACAACAACAACCACAACCACAACACAAUCAUCAUCAUCAUCAAUAUAACCAACUGCAGCAGCAUCCACAUCCACAUCCACAUCAGCAACAGCAACAAUACUCUUCAUAUUCACAACGUGGCGUUGCAAGGCCAUCAACGUCAUUCUCGACCCCUGACGGCACUGUAACCGCUGUGGCCACCAUUUCUACGAACACGCCGGGCAGCAUGAAGCGCCAUCACACCGACGUUUCGGUGUGCUCGUCUGGCUCUUCGUCGUCUUGCUGCUCCAGCACCGGUUCGGUUUCGGCAGUCGGAGUUAUGGGCGCUGCUGGCUCCACAGUGAAUGCUGCCAUCGUAACUACACCAGCUGUGGUCAGUAGCAGCGGCGGUGCUGUGAUUACGCAGAAAUUGAGCAGGACAAUACCAUCGGAUAAGAUAAAUUUACGUUUAAUACUCGUUAGUGGCAAAACAAAAGAAUUCCUAUUUAAUCCAUCAGAUUCUGCUGGUGAUAUCGCACAAACAGUAUUCGAUAAUUGGCCUGAAGAUUGGGAACGCGAAGCCGUCUCCAAGGCCGAAAUAUUACGUCUCAUUUAUCAAGGUAGAUUUCUACAUUGCAAUGUUACAUUAGGAGCACUGGGACUUCCGCUAGGCAAAACGACUGUAAUGCAUUUAGUGCCGCGUGAUAAUUUGCCAGAACCCAACUCGCAAGAUCAAAGACAAAAGAGUAAAGGAGGUUCCAGUAGAUGCUGUUCAACGACAUGCUGUAUUUUGUAACUAAAUUAGCCAAUAGCAAAUAAAUUAAUUUAAAUAUAUUAUAAUUAUAAUGCAUACAAAAGAAAAACAAAAAAAAACGGAAGAAAUAUAUUUUCUAAUAAUUGAAGUUAAACUCAAAUAAGCGAGUAUAGUUUUAAAUCAAAACUAAAUAAUAUAAACAAAUAUGAAAAUGAGAAUACGAGUAUUUGGUAGAAUGUUUCAAAUGUGAAGAUUGUGAAUCCAAGUAUAGUAGUUGGCAAAUUUUUAAAAUAGUGAAAAUUAAAAAACAAAAUAAAUUUAAUUUAAAGUGAAAAAGAUAAUACGGAGCAAGUCUUAAAAAAAAAAUAAUUUAAAAAAUAAAUAAAUAAACAAAAAAGCUGAAAACUUGUGAGAAGCAGUUAUUAGUACAUUUAAGUGUAGGGGUCUAAGGAAACUUAGAGGUUUAUAGUUGUCGACCGGAGAAGAAAUUUGUGCAAAAGGGUUUAACAUAAAUAAACAUAUGUAUAGUAAUAAAUAAUAUAACAUACUUACUUACUUAUAUAUAUAUAAACAUA